UAUACCAUUAGACAACAGUUACCUCCCCUAAUAAAAUUCAUCAACAGGACUGAAAUGGACACAAUUUUUCAUGAACAGCAAGAGGGUUCCUUGUGUGCACAACACUGUCUAAAUGCCUUAUUACAAGGCCAGUACUUCAGUCCAGUAGAUUUAGCAGACAUUGCUCAGCAGUUAGAUGAAUCAGAAAGAGAACAAAUGGCCGUAGGUGGCAUAGAAACAGAAGAAUAUAAAAGAUUUAUGGAGCAACCAUCCAAUAAUUUUGAUGACAGUGGAUUUUUUUCAAUACAAGUAAUAGAAAAAGGACUGUCAGUAUGGGGUUUACAUUUGUUACCCUAUAAUUCACAAGAUCCUAUUGCAGCCACAGCUAGGACUAACCCUGUAGAAUUGAAUGCUUACAUAUGCAAUUUUCGAGAACACUGGUUAGCAAUAAGAAAACUUGGUUAUCAAUGGUUUAAUUUAAACUCACUACUUACAGGCCCAGAACUUAUAUCAGAUACUUAUUUAUCAUUAUUCUUAACACAAUUACAACAAGAAGGUUAUUCAAUAUUCAUUAUAACUGGAAAUUUACCUGAAUGUGAAGCUGAUUCCUUAUUAAAAGUUAUUCCAGCGAACCAACCAAUUAAACCAAAACUUAUUAAUGAGAAAAACAUAAAAAAGAAAGUCACAGAUUCUGAUGUUAAACAAGCCCUUGAGGCUAGCAAGAAUGAUAUUGAUGCAGAUGAUAAAAUUUUGCAAGAAACUCUGAAAAAAAGCAUGGAAGGAUAUUUUUAUGAUGAAACAUUGCCAAAUAGUAGUUCAAAUAGUACUAAUGUUAAAGAAAUAGAAGAUAAAGCAAUUGUAACUCCAUCUCACGAAGAAAUAAGAUCAAAGAGACUUGCUUUUUUAUCAAAGCUUGAAGGCUCUUCUUCAGAUAAAUCUGAUGUUAAUCAGACAGAUAGUGAAAAAUGUAAUGGAUGUGAUGUACUUCAAAAGGAACAAAAAGUUAAUGGUUCAGAAACUAAUGAUGAGGGUAAUGACGAGGAUAUGUUAAAACAAGCUAUUGCAAUGUCUAUGGAAGGACUUGGAUGACACAAACAGAUAUGUUUAACAGAAAAAGAAAUACUGUGCCAUCAUUCUGUGAAACUACACAGACAUUAAAAGCUGCUUUAUACAUUUAGUAUUAAACCUCAAGUCUUUCAAAAUCCAAAAGUGCUCCUUGUAGUGAUAUUUCUUUUUGAUAUUUGUCAUAAAACGAAAAUAGUUAAAACAUUGAAACAAUUAUUAGUUAAAACAUUGUUUGAAAUGUAUGUAGCUAGUUGAUGGUAAGCAGAUUUAGAGGAUGAAAGGUUCAAUACUCAAAAGCAAAUUAUAUUUUCAUUUUGCUUACUUAUGUCAAUAUUUAUAUAAAUCAUUGAAUUUUGGGUAUUGAAAUUGUGAUUACAUGCUGGAUGGAUGAAGGGAUGGAUUAACAUAUUAAUUCUCAUAGAAACAUAUAUAUGUCUUAAUUUUUUUAUUGAACUGUGAACGUGAAAAUUGAACUCUAUCUUUUCCAAACCUUAACAUUAUAAUUGUUGGAAUAGUCAGAUAACUUUUCACUUGUUUUCUCUGAUAAAAUUUGAGAUGCUUAACACUAUAUUGUCAUAUCUGCAAACAGACUUUGAAUGGGCAUUCUGUUAUACUCAAAUACUUUUCAAAUAUUUUAUUAGAAAAAUUGAAAAUAUUUUGUGCCAUAUCUGCAAACAUGAUUUUCAAUAGACAUUUUGUGAUAUAAAAAUACUUUAAAAAGCUUUAAAAAAUAAUUGAAAUGAGCUAAAUAAGUAGCUUUUCCCAAUUCAUUUUUUUUUACAACAAUAAGGUUUUGCAUGUUUGGUGCUGCCGCCUGCUGCGCAAUAUCAUCAUAUCGAAUUUAAGAACAUAGAAAAGAGUUAAUGUCCCUUUAAAGUUGAAAUCCAGAAAUGUUGAUUUUCUUUAAUUUUGAAAAAAAUGGCCAAAUCUGAUUGAAACAAGUUUAAGGCGUUUGUAAAUGUUGAAAUCAUUACAUUGCGGUAGAAACAUUUGUGGAUAAGGAAUGCUUACUUAUUUAUUUCGGUACUGUACUAAAUGUUGAAAGUUCGAAGGACUUUCCGACCAUAUUUCAUUUACAUACAUAUGCAUUGGUGGGCUGAUGGAAUUCUAAAUUGUCAAGUAAUUUUAGAACAGUAAUGUAAGAAAUGAUAUGCUUUGAUUUGUUUUAUAUUGUUUUAGUAUUACAAUUCAAACAAAGGUAAUAAAACAUGAAAAGUACAUGCAAUUGUUGAUGUAGGCACUCUAAAUUUUCUUGUAAAAGCAUGCUUUUUUUUAAAUCACAGAAAAUACCCGAUACAAUUUUAUUGCUUAUAACAACUUCAUCAUAUUUGAUGAAAAAUAACAGCAUUUUCUGAAAUAUGGUAUAACAAGAUUUUUCUCAAUAUAUUAUUUGUUACUUGUAAAAAUGUUGAAUGGAUCACUAUUGCUUAGACUAAAUGUUAAGAAAGUUAAAACUUUAAUUUUUUUUUCCACAUCUGCUUGGUUGGUCUCAGAGGCGUAUUUAGGGGGGGCCAGAGCCCCCCUUUUUUGAGAAAAAAUUUGGUUGCUUACAUAGGAAAUCACUGAAGCGUGACUGGAGCGUGCCCCCUCUUAGGUCAGUCAGUGGGCCCCCACUGAUGAAAAUUUCUGAAUCCGCCACUGGGUCUGUUAGCCUCGUAAUAAUGUAAGUACAUAAUAAGUACUUAUGCCUCCAUGAUUUACAUAAUUAACUGAAUCUCAUUUCUUAAUUCUAUAAUAUUUGUGUUUGCUAUAAGAUCUUGUCAGUGAUAUUUAAUACAUACAUACAGAUGAAGGGCAUUUCUAGUUGAGCGUAAAAACUGGUUCUAUGUUGCUAAACAUACAUGGCAUGUGUUUUAUAAUGGUAAAAGAGUACCUCAUGUAAUAAUUCUCAAUGUCUGAAAUGUAUAUAUGUUUGCAUCUUUUUUUUAAUUUAAUAAAAAUCUUAACUUAA